CCCUUGGCACACGUCGAUGAUACCUGCGAGCCUGCGUAGCGGGCAUAUGAAGAUCAAUUUCAUGAUGAGGCAUUUUAGUUGCUGACCUUUAACCAAUCCUAGGCAUUUUGAGCGACGAUCCGAUGUUCUAUUCUGAUCGAUUGCAAUUAUGGAAUGACUUCAACAUCUGCUGGUUGGGUGUCUGCCAAAGACAGAAAGAUAUGACACAGGAGGCGUUGCGUACUGGCCAUCAACCGUCGAACACCUCAAUGCUCAGUAGCGAUCGUUUGGACGAUAUGGGCAGAGAACUGAUUCAGCUAUGCGAUCAGAUGGAACAGCACGGACUGGUGGACUAUCAGAUGGGCAUUUGGGAGGAGGAGAUACUCUGUGGUAAGAACCCUACAUUAGUCGAGAAAUCCUGUCAAGAAAUUUGGCACAGCUGUCUGAUUCGGCGACUCAUCGCAUAGUCCUCGGGGAAUGUAUCGAUCUGAUAGAAAGCCGACCAGAUAAUAUGCGGGCACAUGGAGUGAACGCCGCCGCAGCCACUACUUCGCGGUCCUGAGUGAUGGUCUCCGUCGAGUUCGAGCUCACUUUCCCAAAUGGCGCAGUCAUAU